AUGAAGGCCCAUUACUUUCUCAUCUAUGCUCUUUGUAUCGCCCUACUGCUUUCCUUGGGAGACUCUGCAGCAACUGCCAAGGCAGGCAAAGAUGGAGUUUACAUAGUUUACAUGGGAGCCACUACCCCACAAAAUGGGGCAUCGACACGUCACAAAGCCCAGCUUCUCAACUCUGUCUUGAAACUGAGAAAGGAUGCUGUGGUCCGCACCUAUAAGUAUGGAAUAUCGGGCUUUGCGGCCCGUUUGACGGCGGCUGAGGCCCAAUCCAUCGCUAAGCAGCCCGGUGUGGUCUCUGUUUUCCCCGAUGCUUACUACCAGCUCCACACAACUCGUUCCUGGGAAUUUCUAAAGUAUGAAACGGGCGUGGAUAUUUACUCGGAUCCGGGUUCGCCCGGCUCCACCUCCUCUUCUUCUCAUGGAUCCGAUACCGUCAUUGGCAUUAUUGAUACUGGAAUUUGGCCUGAAUCGAAGAGUUUUGAUGCAAAAAGUAGUGACCCAAAACUAUCCAGCUGGAAUGGAACCUGCAUGACAGCACAAGAUUUUACCUCAACUAGCUGUAAUGGGAAAAUAAUUGGAGCAAGAUAUUACAACGACCCGGAAGACGACGAUGACGACGACUACCUCACCCCACGGGAUUUCGUCGGCCACGGCACCCACGUGGCGUCCACCGCCGCCGGGGUCGAGGUCCAAAACGCAUCUUACUACGGUCUCGCUGCGGGAACGGCGAGAGGUGGGUCCCCCGGUUCUAGAAUCGCCGUGUACCGGGUCUGCACGCCGGCGGGUUGCCGGAGCUCCAGCAUCCUGGCGGCGUUCGACGACGCGAUCGCCGACGGAGUCGACGUUCUGUCUGUCUCCCUCGGCGCCUCUUCGCUUUCGAUGCCGGAUUUUAAGGACGACACGAUCUCCAUAGGAGCGUUCCACGCCGUAGAGAGCGGGAUAACGGUGGUCUGCUCCGCCGGGAACGACGGCCCUGACUCGGCCACGGUGGUGAAUGCUGCGCCGUGGAUUCUGACCGUGGCUGCAACGACUAUUGACAGGGAUUUCGAGUCCGAUGUCGUUUUAGGUGGAGGCAAAGUCGUCAAGGGUGAAGCUAUAAAUUUCUCGAAACUUCAAAAAUCCCCCGUGUACCCAUUGAUGUAUGGUAAGACGGCCAUGAAAUCAGAUGCAUCCGAAGCAAGUGCAAGAAACUGCAUUUCAGGAUCCAUUGACAAGGCUAAAAUUAACGGAACCAUUGUUCUGUGCGAGAGCAAAGAUCCAGGAUACUCACUUUUCGAGAAGGAAGAAGAGGUGCGCUCUCAGGGCGGAGUAGGUGUAAUUUUGGUUGAUGAUUUGACGAGACGAGUUGCUUCUACUUUUAAGAAGUUUCCAGCUGUAGUUAUGAGUUCGAAGGAUGUUCCUGAAAUCCUUUCUUAUAUCAACUCAACCAAAAACCCAGUUGCAACGAUUCUACCCACGGUGGCAACUCCCAAGUAUAAACCGGCACCUGAGAUUGCAUAUUUCUCAGCCAGAGGUCCUUCCCAAAAUUCAGAAAACAUCAUCAAGCCUGAUAUUGCAGCACCCGGAGUUAACAUACUAGCCGCUUGGAUGGGCAACGAUUUAGGUGGGACUCCCGAAGGCAAGGACCCAUCAAUGUUCAACGUAAUCUCUGGAACUUCCAUGUCUUGCCCACACGUGUCAGGCAUUGCCGCAGUGGUUAAAUCGCACAACCCUUCGUUCGGCCCUUCUGAGAUCAAAUCCGCCAUUAUGACAACAGCAUCACAGCUGAACAACGACAAGUCGCCAAUAACCACACACUUCGGCGCAACAGCCACGCCCUUCGACUACGGCGCCGGAGAGAUGAGCCCAACCGCGCCGCUACAGCCGGGGCUAGUCUACGAGACCACCACCGUCGACUACCUCAACUUCCUGUGCUACCACGGCUACAACACAACCACCAUCAAGCUCAUCGCCAAGUCCAUCCCGCCCAACUUCGCCUGUCCCAACAACUCCACCCCCGACCUCAUCUCGGACAUCAACUACCCCUCAAUCUCGGUCAAGCUCGGCCAGAAACAGAGUAGGAACAUCACCAGGACAUUGACGAACGUCGCUACCGGCGACGGCGAUUCAUCAACAUACACCUUAUCUGCGAGCGUUGGGGGCAAAGGUGUGAACGUGCAUGUCUCUCCGUCUCAGCUGAAGUUCACUAAGAGCGGCCAGAAGCUGACUUACUAUGCGACGUUUUCGACCAUGGCUGGUUCGUCGGCGGAAGGGGAUGUGUUUGGGUCGAUUACAUGGAGCAGCGACAAGUUCAAAGUUAGGACUCCAUUUGUAGUGAGUAGUAGUUGA